CUGUGAUGGUCAGCUACGACAUCCCAUGAGAGUUUCCGUGGUCCGUGCUCAUUUUUUUGAUCAAGGUUAUCGACUCUCCUCAGAGUCCUCCGCUAGCUCUGUGACAGUAUGGCUGCUCCAGUCGUUCCAAGUAGCUUCCAAAUUUACAACUCAUACGUCGAAGAUCCCAAAUGGCAAAUGAAAUUCACCAUAAUCUGGUGCACUGGCGUGGCGCUAGCUGUGGCCGUCUCUGUUCCGAGUUUGAUUCUUGGGCUGAGGCAUGGGCGUUCCCUUAAGGGCAUCGCUGGAAUCUCAGAGACCAAUGGAUAUCAGUCCGCCCAUUCCGAUGGCAAGGAGCCGCCGCCUACCCAUCGAAGGGGCCGCAAAUUGAUUGGAGCUUGGAAUGCUCUUAUCUCACCGACGUACUGGUCUCCUCCGAAGCUCGGGCUCAAUAUUGGACAAAUCGUGGUCAUAUCGGCAUAUCUCGCAGCUGAUGUGCCUCUUAUUUCGAAUCCGAACAGAGCUGGAUUUCUCGCUCUCGCACAGUUCCCUGUUGUCUUUUUGUUCGCAACAAAAAAUUCAAUUUUGUCCUUACUUUUAGGACCAGGGAAUGGAUAUGAGAAAACUCAACUUAUGCAUAGGAUGGCUGGAAGAGCUAUGUUCCUUGCCGGAUGCAUUCAUGGGUCCCUAUGGAUUAGCAACCACCUAGAGUAUGGACUUCCAAUUCUUGGUCCGCAGAAAGAGACUUCUGGAGUUGCUUCGUUGGCGCUCCUCUGCAUCAUUGUCCUUACAUCAUUGAGGCCAGUCAGGAGACUGUUUUAUGAGUCUAACAUCUGUUGCAGCGUUUUGACAUACGUGGCAUUCUUUGUCACCAUAUGCUACCAUACGUUAUAUGCAUCGCCGUGGAUAUUCCCUCCCCUUGCAUUGUAUGACGCCACACUUACUGCGCAGGACGCUCACAUGACUCUGAUCCGCGUUCAUAAUUGCGACGAUGGUUGGCUUGCUGGCCAGCAUGUCAGACUACGCGUUUUCUUCUCCAACAGGGUGUUUGAAUCCCAUGCCCUCACUGUUCUCUCGGCUCCCCACCUUCCCAUUCACUGGACGCGGGCACUGAAUAAUUAUACCCGAAAGGAACAAGAACGUUUACAAAUCGAUAAGUCCGAGAGCGACUCGGCUGCUUUCGUGCAAGUCAUGCUGGAUGGUCCCUAUGGAGGAUCCAGUGUCGAUCUGGGUCUUUACGAAAGCGUGUUGCUUAUAGCCGGCGGGUCUGGCGUCACAUUCACUCUUGGUCUGCUAGACGAUAUCGUCGGUAGGUGUGUCAAACUAGGCCGCAGUCAAGGGGAACGAACAAGGAGAAUCGAAUUCACUUGGUGCAUUAGAUCUUUCGGUCAGAUAGAAUGGUUUGCUCCGAUGCUGAUAGAUAUUGCUACGGCAGCGUCGAAUAGCACCAUUGACCUGCACAUUUCGAUUUUCGUAACGUGCCUUUGCGAUCCAGAAGCGGUACCUCAUAUCCCCAACUCCAUCGUCACAGAUCUUCUCAAGGACUUCAUCAGUCUUUCGCCAUCAUCUGAAAUGGAAGAUUCAGACGAAAUCCGAUUUGAUGAAAGCCAGAAAUUGCACGAGUCGGGUGGGGGAGUCGCGGUCUGCGCUAGUGGCCCAGAGAGCUUGACCAGAGAAGCCCAGAAUGCAGUUGCGAGAUUUGGUUUGACAAUGAGUAUGGAUGUGGGUGGGAUUGCUCUACAUACAGAGCUGUUUACUUUGUAACGCCAAGGUAGAUAUUAUCUUGGUUACUUAUUAUCAGUGAUUUUCCA